GAGGUUUCGUUUGAGCCUUGAAGGCCCAAUACUUCGUUUCCGUAUCGACAGGUCAAAAAAUCCCGAAACCCGUGUUCAUCUUCCUGAGACGGUCUCAGAGAUAGAGAGAGAGAGAGAGAGAGAGAGAUGAGUAGCUUCACGAUUCCUUGUUCUUCCUCCUUCUCUCUUUCAGAUGUCUAUAACCAACCCCCUCGUCAUCGCUUCAUUCUCCGCAAUUCUCGUUCCAAUUUUGAGGUUCGCCGGUUAAGAUUAGGUGUGACGCCUCGCACAAGAACUGCUAGUUUACAUUGCAAUUGCUCCAGCAAAGGCACCGGAGGUGAAAAUGAGAACAAGAGUGUGUUAGAUGCCUUUUUUUUGGGGAAAGCAUUAGCUGAGGUUAUCAAUGAGAGAAUUGAGUCUACUGUUGGAGAAGUUUUGGGUACUAUUGGAAAGUUUCAAGCUGAGCAACAGAAGCAAGUUCAAGAGACUCAGGAAGAGGUUCUUGAAAGAGCCAAGAAAGCCAAGGAAAGAGCAGCUCGAGAAACUAAGGAGGAUCAAGGACUCGUUGUUUCCAGUGCAACAACCAUUAACCGGAAACCGGCUGUUAGCGUUGUUACCUCUGUAACUCCUACAUCAACCGUUGAGAGCAGCACUAUAACGGGUGGUGUAGUGGAAAGCUCGAGUUCUAAUGAUGAAGACAGCGUCCUGGGUUAAGUUAAAGAAUUGGUAAGAGUGGCAGAGACUGUUGAGAACAUAUUUGUUGAUACAUAUAGUUGAUAAGAUGUAAGCAAUAAAAGUUGACAUAAGUGAAAACUUUAACCGUUAAGAAUACAGAUGGAUGCUUGUCGCUUUAACAAA